CUCUAAAACACAUACACUUGUGUGUGCGUGCUCUCUCAAAUCUUCUGUCAAGUUCUCCAUGGCUUCAACAACUGAACCCAAAGGAGAGAUUCAAGAUGUAGCUGAGGAUGUUUUCACCGAAACUCUCAGAUACAAGACUUGGAUUUUGAAGCUUUCUAUUCACUGUCCUGCGUGCGGGAAGAAGGUCACUAAAAUUUUAAAGAAAAUCGAUGGGGUGUAUAUAACUGAAGUUGACUUUGCACAACAAAGAGUGACCGUCAUUGGGGAUGUGGAGCCGGAAAUCAUGAUCAAAGCUCUGUCCAAGAAGACAUCUAAACAUGUUGAGUUGAUAAGGCCUGAAACCAAGGCCAAUCCCGAAGAAAACCAAUGUAUCCCCAAAAGCAAAGAGAAACAGAGCUACCCUAAUGAAGCAUCUGAGGAAAGAAAAGAAAAUCACAGUGACGGUGAAGAUAAGAAAAAGGGAAAGCAGCCGGUGAAAAGUGAAGUUGUUAAGGUUGUGGAGUCCGGUGGUGGUGGCAGUAAGAACUUUGAAGCUGGUAGCUCAAGUUAUACCAAGAGUGUCGAGGAGCCUGAUGGUGGCAAACAAAGUGAAGGUGGUGAGAAGCAAGCUGUGGAUGAGAAAAGUGGAGCUGUUGAUGGCGACGGGAGUGGUGAUGGUGGUGGUAAAAAGGAGAAUAAGAGUAAGAAGCAGAAUGUGAAUGUAACUGAGGGUAAAAUCACUGAAAUAGGUGACGUGGCACCAAGCACCGCACCACCGGCUCAGACUGGGCCUCUGCGGCAGCCACAGCCUCAAGUAGCCAAUGUGCAGACUACAGUGCCUAAAGUGCAGAAGCCUUUCCCUAUGCCACUAUAUCAUGACAAGCCACAACAACGUGAGGUGCAUGAUCACCCAAGGCAGCAACAACAACCGUUUGAGCAUCCUCACCCAAGGCAGCAGCAGUGUUUCACUCCGGUGCAUGCAAUGAACUACCGUGUAGCCCACCCCAGCGUCAGCAACGACACUGCUCGCUAUGCUGCACCACCCGCCGAUCCUCAGACUCAUACUUAUGCGCAUUGGGGACUGGAAAAUGAGUUUGUUGAUCCACUUUUGGACAGCCUUCCAGCAGCGCUGCCGUCCCAUCAGCAUCAGCAUCCUUACAAUUCAUCCGAUUCCUCCGAUGCAUUCUCAUAUUUCAGCGAUGAGAAUCCUAAUGCGUGUAGUAUCAUGUGAAGUCUUGGACUCUUGGUGGUGCAAUAAGGGCAGAUGGGACAUUGUGGUGUGUUCUGCUGGGUUGAGUGAUCAAGUGCAUGGGAUGGGGAUGCUCUGUUUGAUGGUAACAAGAUCUGUGGAUGUGGUAAAAUCAUGAUGUUU